GGCGGGGCGGGGCUGGGCCGGGCGGCGCCGCCUCCGACGGGACACGGGGCGAGCCGCCCGCGCAUGGGGUGAUCGUAUAGGAACUUCGAAAGAGUUUCCUGGGUUGGGCAGGGUUUUGGGGAAGGCGUGUUUGAAAAGUGCGAGCGUAGAGUGGUGAAACUCCUAAAGUAAGUGAUUGAGUGGGUGUUGGUAGGGGUGUAGCCAGAAAGUUAAAGCUCGACUUGGGGUGUGAUCCUGCGUGUGUGUCGGUGAGCUGGCACGUCCUAGGAGGAAUUUCUUCACAGGAAGAGAGGUCAGACAUCGUGCCCUGGGAGGCGGCGGAGUCACCGUGCCUGGGGGUGUUGAAGGAAGGGCUGUCCCUGGCACUCAGGGCCGUGCGCUGGGUCACAGGCCGGGCUCGGUGAUCUCAGACGGCUUCUGCAGCCUGAUCAUCCUGUGAUCCUGUCGUGUGCCAGCGCUGGUGCAGCAUCUGCACUCCUACAUCAAGCGUGAAAGGCUGUUUGAGCAGUCCAUGCUGCUAAACUGAUGGAGUUCAAGGUUUAGAGGGAGAGAUGGGUAGCUCUUAACUCUGUCAAUAGUAGACUUUUGGAAGGCAUUUCAACUUUUGAACUCGACGCUGUGUAAAGUCCCGUAUAGUGGAUUUAAAUCUAGUGAUAAUUGCCUUCCUUUCUUCAUUACUUUUCAUAUAGCCCUUUAGAAGUAAUCCUGGGAUAAUCCCCGGGGAUAAUCUCCCAGGGGUCUAUAGACUCUAGAUGGAAAACAACUGACUUAAGGUGUGAGGAAGGCUUCCUUCUUAAUUGGUUUUUCUACAGCUUCCAUUUCCAGUGAGGUUUCAGUGGUAAAAAAUCAGUGGUACAAGUUUGUAAAAGAUAAAAUUGGUGAUGAUUUUAUGCCUUGUCAGGAGCAGAUGCUUCAGAGAUACAAAAGUUUUGUGCAGUGUGGUACUAAAAACAAAUUCUUAACAAAGCAGUUCAGCAGUUCAGUGGGAUUCUUAAAUUAGGUGCCCAGCUUCUACGUAGGUUAUCUUGGGGAGGUUAUCUUGGGGAGAAUCAGUUGGUUCAGGUAUCCACUGUGUCCUGAGAAGCACAGGUGCAAAUCUAGUGCAGAUUUGAGGACUGCAGUUGAGAUUGCCAUGUACUGAGUAUUCUUCCCUAUGGUGAUUUAAGCUUUAGUCCUGUCAAAUUUUUAUUUUGUUGUUAGGAUAAGGUGAUCCUCCUGCCUGUGAUCCAGUCAUCAGCAUCCUCACCAGGAUGAAGGAGACUCAGGUGGAGACUUCCCAGUGUAACUGGGAGAGCUUUCAUCAUGUUCCUGGAAAAUGCCUGAUCUGACAAAUUACCACCCAGAAGAUCAAUUUUGGAGUUUGCUUUCUAAAGCACAAGGUUUAGGCUCCAGCUCAGUCAAACUUCGAGGGGGCUCACUGUUUAUGAAUGUUGGGAAAUCAGAGAAGCAAGAAGAAGAUUUUAGACAAACACCUCAUGUGAACAUCAAUCCCUUCACUCCCGAUUCCAUGUUCCUUCACAACUCUGAAGGCAAAUGUCGCCGGAGGAAGAGGAUACACUGGAAUGACUCUUGUGGAGAGGACAUGGAACCAAGCGAUGGAGAGCCUGAAGAGGAAACCAUGAGACCUGCUAAGAGGAUAACAAUAACAGAAAGUAACAUGAAGUCACGGUAUGCAACCGAAUUCCAUGAACUGGAGAAGAUUGGAUCAGGUGAAUUUGGCUCCGUGUUUAAGUGUGUGAAGAGGCUGGAUGGCUGCAUCUAUGCAAUAAAACGCUCCAAGAAACCCUUGGCUGGCUCAGUGGAUGAGCAGAAUGCUUUAAGAGAGGUCUAUGCACAUGCAGUUCUGGGACAGCAUUCUCAUGUAGUAAGGUACUACUCUGCAUGGGCAGAAGAUGAUCACAUGCUUAUACAGAAUGAAUAUUGCAAUGGUGGCAGUUUAGCGGAUGCCAUUAGUGAAAAUUACAGAAAUAUGCGUUACUUUACUGAACCAGAACUGAAGGACCUGCUGCUUCAAGUAGCUCGAGGUUUAAAGUACAUUCAUUCAAUGUCCCUGGUACACAUGGAUAUCAAACCUAGUAACAUUUUCAUAUCUAGAACAUCAGUCCCAAGUAUAACUCUAGAGGAAGGCGAUGAUGAUGACUGGUCAUCUGAUAGAGUCAUAUUUAAAAUAGGUGACCUGGGCCACGUAACUCGAGUCUCUAGUCCUCAGGUGGAAGAAGGUGACAGCCGUUUCCUUGCAAAUGAAGUCCUACAAGAGAACUACACUCACUUGCCGAAAGCGGAUAUUUUUGCUCUGGCUCUGACUGUUGUCUGUGCUGCUGGGGCUGAGCCACUUCCAACUAAUGGGGACCAAUGGCACGAAAUUCGGCAAGGGAAACUGCCCAGACUACCACAAGUGCUUUCUCAAGAAUUACUAGACUUACUAAAAGUUAUGAUUAAUCCUGAUCCUGAGAAAAGGCCUUCAGCCGUGGCACUGGUGAAGCAUUCAGUGCUUCUCUCUGCCGCCAAAAAGAGCGCGGAGCAGCUCCGGAUAGAGCUGAAUGCUGAAAAAUUCAAGAACUCGCUCUUGCAGAAAGAGCUGAAGAAGGCCCAGAUGGCGAAGGCUGCGGCCGAGGAGCGCGCGCUGUUCACGGACAGAAUGACCACGAGAUCCACGACGCAGAACCGCCCGUCGCGGCUCAUCGGCAAGAAGAUGAACCGCUCCCUGAGCCUCACCAUCUACUGACAGGGAGUGCAGAGGAACUGCAGACGUGGCCAUUGCUCUUCUGCCUGCUUCCUUGUCCUGCCAUCAGUAUCACCAGUUUUAUAGCUGUUGCUUCUGGGUUUUUCCUUGUACUCUAUGGCUGAUUCUGUACAAACCAUUGAACGGACUCGGUUACUCUCCGUCUGUAGAGGAUCCUGGAUGUUACUCCAUAAGCCUUUCGGUUACACUGUUAGAUGUUACGUUGUCCCAGGGUUAACCACUAUAGUGGUGUGCUGCUUUGUAGUGUUACAGCCUUGUAAUAAGAAGCAAUAUCCCUAAUCUUUUAAGAAGGAGGGAGGGGGCCUUACUUUGAUAGUUAAUUUUUUUUUGUUGGUUUUUUUUUUUUUUUUUUUUUUUGGUUUUCUUUGUUAUUUUGGGGUUUUUUUUGGAGCAGAGGGGGAAUAAAUUUUGAAAGACAGGCUUUAAGGCCACCUACAGUCAAUGUACCUGAUGUCAGGUAGACUUUUGUUGUGAAUUUUAUUUGUGUAUUCAACUGGGAGCACUUUGUAGGCAUUGCAUAAACCACAGCUUAGGAACCUGUGGAAUUAAGUGCCGUGUGGAACUGCUGCUAUUUUUAGUUCAAUGUCCUUGCUGUAAACUGUAGCAUUAAAACAAUCAUUAUUGUGUUAAUAGGCUUCUUGUUAAAGCAAUUAAGUGAUACAAAUGUAAGCUGCAUUUUAGUGAAGGCAGCAUUUUUCUCUCAAAGCUAGUGCAUUGUGAAAAAAUGCACCAAUUUAAUAUUUUGGACUCUGUAUUAGUGUAGUGCAAUUGUUAAUGUCUUUGCUGUUGAUGUUUUGUUCUUUCUAAUAAGGUUCUCCGAAUGUUCAUAUUUUCUUCAGUUGCCUGUUCUUGAGGCUAAUGUAUGUUUGGUUUUUUUUGUGUUGGAAUACUUGUAAAUAGUUGUUUAGUGUGUUCAGGUUGUUUUUCAUUGUUUAUGUACAUAAGUUUGAUCAUGCUUAUAGUGUACUAUACAGAACUGCAGUCUGGGGUGCCAACAGACACAGCUUAAACUAUUCAGUUUGAAGUUCCAAAAUGUGGAACAGAAUGUGGCCAUGGAGCCGGUGCUGAUAUUGACCCUAGGCUGACAGAAGAACUGUUCUGAUUACUGGCUUGUCUCUUCAUUCAUUUGACUUAAAACAAUGUUUCCCUUUUGUGCUCUAUUUGUUCUUAUUAGUGUUGAAUUUGAAUAUUAAAGUUAAAAGUUCUGUUUGUUUAA